AUGGCGACACAAAAAUUCAUUUUCUUCACUGCCUGUGCUCUCUGCAUAAUCUCCCUGAGACUGACUGGUGCCGGAGUUCUUCCGGCAAUUGCUCCGGUUGCUCUAGCCGUGGACCCGGAUUCAGAUCCUCAUCCUCAAUACACAUAUGCCUAUGAUGUCCGAGAUUCCUUAACUGGAGACUCAAAAUCUCAACAUGAGAGCAGGGAUGGAGAUGUAGUAAGAGGCAGCUACUCAUUAUUGGACGCUGAUGGUCUUCUCAGGACAGUGGUGUACACUGCAGAUCCAGUUAAUGGUUUCAAUGCUGUAGUUCAAAGAGCACCACCUUCUGAUGCUCAAGUUGCUGCUGCUCCUGUUUUGCAUCAUUAG